CCUUCCCCAGGCGUUUCCGCUUCCGGCGUGAAGCAAGAUGGCGUCUCCUGUGGAGUUCUUCUGCUGGCCGGGCGGCUGGGGGCUGCCUUCGGUGGACCCUCCCUGCUUGGCUGUCCUGGCCUACGCGCGCUUCACGGGGGCGCCCCUCAAGGUGCACAAGGUCAGCAGCCCCUGGAGGAGCCCCUCAGGGACCCUCCCGGCCCUGAAGACCCCGGAUGAAGGCGUCCUCUCCGACCCCCAGCAGAUCAUCACCUACCUCAGGAAGCAGAGAUUCAACGCAGACUAUGACCUCUCCGCCCGGCAAGGGGCCGACACGCUGGCCUUCGUGUCACUGCUGCAGGAGAAGCUUCUUCCCGUGCUGAUCCACACCUUCUGGGUGGAUGCCAAGAACUACGUGGAGCUGACCCGGAAGUGGUACGCGGAGGCCAUGCCCUUCCCGCUGAACUUCUUCCUCCCGGGGCGGAUGCAGAAGCAGCAGCUGGAGCGCCUGCAGACGUUGUGCGGGGAAAACUGCCUCGAGAACGAAGAGGAGCUGGAAAAGGAGCUCUACCGUGAAGCCCGGGAAUGUCUGACGCUCCUCUCCCAACGGCUCGGCCAGCAGAAGUUCUUCUUCGGAGACUCGCCCGCUUCCUUGGACGCCGUCGUGUUCAGCCACCUGGCCCCGCUGCUGAAAGCCAAGCUCCCCAACGCCAAAUUCCAGCAACACCUCAAGUCUCUGCCCAACCUCUGCAACUAUUGCACCUCCAUCUUGAGCCUGUACUUCCCCUGGGAUGAAGGGGACCCCCCUGCCCCGGUGACCAAGUCGGCUUCCGGCGACGGGAGCGAGAGCGAGGAGGAGCCCCACAAGCGGCGGAACCAGGUGCUGUCGGUGCUGGUGGGCCUGCUGGCCAUGGUGGGCUAUGCGCUGCUCACGGGGAUCGUCUCCAUCCAGAAGCAGAGCCCGGGCACGGCGGGCCGACGGGCCAUUGCCCUCGAGGAGGAGGAGGAAGACGAGGAGGAGGAGGAGUGAGGGGCCGCUCAGGGACAAUGGGACCUCCACUGCAGCGUCCACUCCUGACCCAUAUUUCACAUCCGUUUCCCUUCGCGUUCAUUCCUUUGCCCAGGCCGUUCCCGGACUCAGAUGGCUCUGGUAGGAGGUCAUUUCCCAGUGCCUUAACGGUGUUCUUAUUCACUACAGUCGGGCAUAAUUGCCAUUGUCAACAUUACACCAAAGGGUGGGAAACUUUCGGUCGGUUAAUGUGUUGUCGAAAGCUUCCAUGGCCAGGAUCACUGGGUUGCUGUGAGUUUUCCGCACUAAGGAAAUGUUUACAAGGUUCCUUACGUUAAAAAUAAAGUCAACACAAGGCUCCUUA